AUCUAUCUGCACUCCUGCGCCUGCUCCAGCUCCUUUUGAGCUCAUUACAUAAAACUGGACAACAGAUUAUGUCACGCUGCUUCCUAGUUUGCCUGUGGGGCAUUCUCACCCACACACACACACACACACACACAGGCAAGUUGGGAGCUGAGAGCUUGCAGCAUGAUAAGCUGAGCUACAGGCAAAUGGCCAGGUGUAUGCGCAUAACCGUAAGAUUCACACAUGUCCAAGGCAGGACAGUCGACAAUAAAAAAAAAAUUAAAAUAAGAAAAAUAAAAACAGCAGCAGCCUUAGCCUCAGUCUCAUUCUCAGACUCAGCUCCAGCAGCCGCAGCAGCAGCAACAAGAGAAAUACAUUUUGAAAAUUUAACGAUGCGCACAUUUUAUUACCGCAAUUAAUUACAAAAACAACAACGCGCCCAAAGAGAUCUUCAAUCUCAGAGAGCCAUGGAGAGAGGCAGCUCAGUGGGAGAGAGACAGAGCAGCAGAGCCUCUGGGUUAAAUGAGAGAAUGAGCAGCUAAAGCGUUAGAUCUACUGAUAAACGUUAUGAUAGAUGUGACUAGUAAAAUGCUACUACCAAAUAGUUCUGGGCCGCUGCCUCGGCUGUGGCUGUGGCUGUGGCUGUCGCUUUGGUAAUUGGAGGCGCAACGGGCAGCUGCUGUUAGCCAGGGCUGCUUAAUUGGCUCAACUGCAUGGGAGAGCGUUUCACUCACAGAGCGCAGCCUCAAACUCGUUUCUUGACCAAUUAAAUGACACAGCCAGAGAGAGAGAGAGAGAGAGAGAGAGAGAGAGGGAGAGCGAGGGAGAGCGUGUGUGUGUGUGUGAGAGAGAGAGAGAGAGAAAGAGAGCGAGGGGGAGAGACGGAUUUCAGUUGAGUGAGUGAGCUCGCGAUCAGCUUCAAUCACGACCUGGCUCAAAAGACGUUGUGGACCGUUGGCCGCUUUUGUAGCCGCACAUUUCGUAUUUUGACGCGUAGCGCGACAGACGGCUCGAACAACUGGUCUAUGAACGUUAACUCAAACGCAAUGGGCUUUAAGCAUACGAUGCUGCAGCGCAGCUACGAGCUGGCCGCCUCGCCGGGCCCCCAACUGGCAGCGGCGCCGGCAGCGCCGCAAGUGACGGACUUUAGCAUAAGUCGCAUACUGGGCAGCUCGGCCAGCAAGGAUAAUGCGGCUAAGAAAUCAACAGCAGGAGGCGUAACAACAGGAGCCACAGCAGGAGCAACAGCAGGAGCAGCAGUAGCAACAGCAGCAACUGCUGCCAGCAAUAUAUUGGAUCUAUCAAAGAGUCGCCAACAGGCUGCAGUUCAGGCCGCGCCGGUGCAGCUAAGUCCCGCCGCCUAUGGCUAUGCCAUGCUGCCGCCGGAUCUGUUGGCCAUGGCCAGUGCGACCAAGUUCUAUGCACAAUUCUUUCCACAUUUGCUGCCCGCCUAUGCAGCGGCAGCAGCUGCCGCCGGGCUGACAACGCCACCCACCUCGCCAUACCAGCAACAUCAGCAGGCACAACCACAACAACAUCAACAACAACAGCAACAACACUCGCAGCAGAAACGUUACUUUGCGCCGUAUGUGAUCAAUGGACAGAGUCCGACGCGAUCCAAGUCCUCCAGCGCCUGCACUCGCGCCGACUGUCUGGAAUGCCUGGAUUAUUAUAAGCAAUUCGGCGCUGGCUAUAAGCCAACGCCUCUCAUAUCGCCGGCGGCUUCAUCGGUGAGCAGCUCCAGCAGCUGCCGGCUGCCAUCGCGUGAGCUGCUGCUCAGCGCCAGCGCCAGCAGCAACAUUUCCCUGACCAACAUCUCUGUGACCAAUCUGAACCUGAGCAACACGGCAACAGCGACUGCGAUUUCACCUGUGGCCAUGUUGCCCAACUUGAGCAACAACAACAGCAACUCCAACAACAACAACAACAGUAAUAGCAACAACAGCACAAGCGCCGGCGAGGAGAUCAGCUACAAGUGUCGCAUAUGCGACAAGGUCUUUGGAUGCUCCGAAACGCUGCAGGCGCACGAGAAGACACACAAAUCGCCGCGCUACGAAUGCUCCGACUGUGGCAAAGGCUUCUCCCAGCUGCGCAACUAUAAAUAUCACCUAUCCGUGCAUCGUGGCACCAAAGAGUUUGCAGCCGAGUGCCCGGAAUGUGGGAAGACGUUCAACGACAAGGGCUACCUCAGCAGCCACAUGAAAAUCCAUCGAAAUCGCAAGGAAUACGAAUGCCCCUAUUGCCCCAAAUCGUUCAAUCAACGUGUCGCCUUCAAUAUGCACGUCCGUAUCCAUACCGGCGUCAAGCCGCACAAGUGCGCCGAGUGCGGCAAACGAUUCUCCCGCAAAAUGCUGCUCAAGCAGCACAUGCGCACCCAUAGCGGCGAGAAGCCAUAUCAGUGCUCCGUCUGUGGCAAAUCCUUUGCGGAUCGCAGCAACAUGACACUGCAUCAUCGCCUACACUCAGGCAUCAAGCCCUUCAGCUGCCCGCUCUGCCCGAAGGCCUUCACCAAGAAACAUCAUCUGAAGACGCAUCUCAACUACCAUACAGGCUGCAAGCCCUACGUCUGUCCACAUCCCAAUUGCAAUCAGGCCUUCACUCAGUCCAGCAAUAUGCGCACGCAUGCCAAGAAAUGCCAAUACAGGCCGCUAGAUGGCGCUCAGGCAUUUCCGUUGCCCCCCAAGCAGCAGCAGCAUCAACAGCCACAGCAGCAGCAACUCCAGCAGCAUCUACAGCAGCAGCAGCAGCACACAUUGUCUCUGGCCACAGCUCCCAGUUUUGUGAUGCCACCAGCAACGUUUGCUGCCGCCGCAUCCGCAUUUCCGCCGGCACAGCAAACGCUGCUCAGCAAUCUGCGCACAUUCUAG